UUAAAAGCGAUUUAGACCGACGUCUGAGAGAGUUCUAGUGCUCUCGCUUUUAUCAUUAUUAUUUUUAAUUUACGUUUUAAAAUAUUGCAUUUGAAUAGAAUCAUUUACUUAAGCUAAGAAAAGUUUUUUUAACAUUUAAAUUUUAUUAUAUAUUUUUUAAAUUGUCUCUCAAGUUUAAGCCAUGAGUUCAAUCAGCGUCACUUUGGAAAUAACUGGCAAUGAGUUGGUCCACAUACUGAGGACCCCCUGCGAACAGUACACCUCGGACGGGUGCGUGGUGCUGGACUGCAGACCGUUUCUGGACUUCACGGCUUCGCACGUCUGCGAGUCCCGGAACGUGAACUGGAACUCGAUGCUGCGCCGCCGGUCCAAGAGCUCCGUGGUGGCCCUGGAGUGGCUCAUCCCGGACAAGGCGCUGCUGAGCCGGCUGAGGAGCGGACGGUUCUCCCCGGUGGUGGUGGUGGAUGAGCGGAGCCGCUCCCUGACCGAGCUGAAGUCCGAGAGCGUGGCCCAGAUGUUGCUCACCGCCCUGCAGAACGAGGUCCAGACUCAGAUCUGCUUUCUGCAAGGUGGAUUUGAGGGAUUUUCAGAGGCCUUUCCAGAGCUUUGCUAUAAUUCCUCCAGCAGCCACUUCUCUACAGUGGAACCAGAGCCUACAACACCAGGCCGGAGGACUCCAGCUUAUGAUCAGGAUGGUCCAGUGGAGCUGCUGCCCUUUCUGUUCCUGGGCAGCGCCGUCCACUCGUCCCGCAGGGAGACGCUGACAGCAGCAGGCAUCACAGCCGUGCUCAACGUGUCCUCCACCUGUCCCAACUUCUACGAGGGCGAGUUCGAGUACCUUCGUCUCACCGUGGAGGACACGCUGGCCGCCGACAUCAGAGCCUGCUUUCAUACGGCCAUCUCUUUCAUCGACUCUGUGAAGCAGAGCGGGGGUCGGGUGCUGGUGCAUUGUCAGGCAGGCAUCUCCCGCUCAGCCACCAUCUGCCUGGCCUACCUCAUGCACACACAGAGGGUCCGGCUGGACGAGGCCUUCGACUUUGUGAAGCAGCGGCGUCACGUCAUCUCCCCCAAUCUGGCUUUCAUGGGGCAGCUGCUGCAGUUCGAGACUGACAUCCUCUGUCAGGGAUGAGGACCUUCAGAAAGGAGGACUUUAAUUAAACAAAAGGAGAAAAAAAAAAGACAAAAUUAACCUCAUUGUUGAGGUCUGACUAUCAGGACUCAUGUUCUUUUGAUAAGGAUAAACUUUGAGAAUUCAAAGACAAGCUACUUGUGUUGCUGGCAUCACAAGACUGAUUAUUUUUUGUUUUGUUUUCAUAAACUGACACGUGUUUGAUUCAAAUGGCAGGCAUCAAAAUCAAAGCCUGCCAUAUUCAUUAGAACUGGGGACCAGAACUGGCAGGUUAGAGCAGCCACACGGUUAUUUGCCUUCCAGUGGAGGGGAAGCCAUUCCUGCUUUUCUGCUUUUUACUUCUUGUGCCUGUUUUAUUUUGAAGGGCUGCAUCUUUUUAAACUUGAAGCCAUUCCUUCAGAGCUGGAGCCACUGUGAUCUACGUCUUUAUGAGACAACACUGCUGACCACUUGGAACAAAGUGGGGAAAUGUCAUGUUUUAAGCAAUGAAUAUCUAGACUUCUUUUUUUUUUAAAUGCACUAAGCACAUUCUGUACAGAGAUGAAUGACACAACAAAAUGGGAAGACAUUUCUCUCAUGUAAAUAGUUUUUAACUUAUUUAUGAUUUAUGAUUUUUGAUUUGUCAACGCACUUUAUACCUGCAAGUUUUGGCCUGUUCCUGCUGUUUUUCCAUUCAAAUAAAAACUUGCUGAAGAACA